CGUUGUCGACUCUGGUAAUCGAAGCGAAUCACUGUUAGGGUGCCUGGAAAGCAUAAGUUUGGUAGCAACGCGAGCAGGAAGGUCUUUGAGCGGCGAACAGCGCUCGCGUCGAGAGAUGAACAUCUUGUAUGACCCUAUUGAAGAGGCUAGCAGCGUUGCAAGUAUAGCCCUCCAUCGUACACCCUACGCCCCAGACGGCCAAAACGCCAGCAUAAUCAGGCAAAAGGCGCACGAGCUUCGCUGGCUUGCGCACGAGGCGGAACUGGAGAUACUGGCGAUACAGGAAAGAGUGAAUGCACUUCGCAAGCAGAUCGCAAUCCACGACGCGCUCGUUCACCCAUGCCGCCGCCUCCCUACCGAGAUCCUCUCGGAAGUCUUCCUCCUCGCAGUUCCAGAAAAUUGGCACGAGAAGCUCGUCGGACGAAGGACCCUCAACUUUGCGCAAGUAUGCCACCUCUGGCGGAACGUUGCCCUCACUACGCCCCGCCUCUGGACGACGCUCCGAUUCACAGACCACAUCAACCCACCCGCGAAGUACGUCACCGCCUUGAAGGACGACAUGGCGAAGACCGCGCAGGCGCCACUGGAACUGAAUCUCGACGUCAAUUGGUACUCUGAAUCCGCAUCUGCACUGUUCUCAUCUGCCUCGACGGCCAAGACGCGAUGUGACGAAUUCUGGGCGCUAUUGUGGGGGCAGUCGCAUAGGUGGCAACGGGUCACGCUUGACGGAUUGCCUACGUCCGCGUAUGAACGUCUGGUCAAUCACGCCUUCCCCGCGCUGACUUCCCUGUCGAUAACCAUGUACGGCGAGUCAGACUCAACUAUCCGUCUACCCAUUCACAUCUUUGGGAAUGCACCCAAGGUCCACAGCCUACACAUCACCUGCGAUUCUCCAUUCCAUCCUUUCACCUUUCCCCCAAGCUGGUCUCUCACCGAGCUUCGCAUGUACUGCAGCGAGGCCGGUACGCUCGCAUCUGCCAUCGAAGCGAUCCGAUCCUGUGGCGAAUCUUUGAGGGUGUGCCACCUUCUGUCCGAUGAGUCUUGUGCGAAUGUACAACGGCCCACGAACUUCCCGCGCCUCAAGGAGCUCGAUCUCUUCGGCAACGCCACGGCGCUGUGCUACUUCUUCACUGCGCCCAACCUUCAGACACUGGCCAUGGAUACGUAUUACAACCUCGACGACGACCUCAAUGCAUUUGUCGCUCUGCAGUCCAUGCUCGCGCGCUCUAGGGAUUGCCCCUCCCUUCGCAAGCUCAGCCUCGAGUCGUUGGAUCCAGGGCCACAGGGUCGGGAUCUUAUCGCAUGCUUGCGUCGACUCCAAUCACUGGAAGAGCUCAGUCUACACAACCGGGAUAUGACGGAUGACUUGGAGCCGAGCCUCAUCACAUUGGACCUGUUACGUGCCAUGGUCCGCCAUACGGGCGUGCCAUCGUCUUUGACCUUCCUGCCCAAUCUGGCGCGGCUUUCCAUAAACUUUGACUCUUCUUACAACAAUGACGCGGACCCGAAGGAUCCCGAGGUCCGUUCUGCACUCUUCGCUAUACGUCGGUCCAGGAGGCGGGUCAUAUCAGUGGAUGGAAAGAGAUUGCCUCUCCUUCAACACUUCGACAACAAUGGCGGUGAUGACUUGAAGGGUUGUUGUUGGCCUCCCCGAGAUGACGAUUCCGCAUAG